CGGCCGCGAUGGCGGCGGCGGCGGCUUCUCCCUGCCCGCGGAUUACAGUAACAGACACUUCUGAAGUUGAUGAUCUGUAUGAAGAGGUUCCAGCAGAUGAUGAAUUUGGUCCUCAGGAAGAUGAUGAGGAUCUGUUCAAGGCUCUGCAGACUAUUAAAGAGCAGAAUGAAGAUGCCCAAAUUUUAGCUUUGCAACCUGUUCUAACUUCUGAGAAAUCAGUGUCUGAAAUACCUGAAUCAAUAGAUGACUUCUUCUGCAAUUUCCUGGCCAGAAUGGGAAUGCUCAGAACCCUUAACUGCUUCCAAACUGAAUGGUAUGAACUUGUACACAGGGGUGUCCUUGCAGCCCAAGAUGCUGGGUUGGUUCCAGCUGGGUGGACCCACAACCAGCAACUGGAGGCUGAGAAUAUGCGCUUGAGGAAAGAUCUGGAGAAGUAUCAACUUGCUGCCAACAAAGCAAAAGAAGCUUUCCAAAAAACACAGCAAGAAUGUAACUUCCAUCGGAUGCAUCAUAAGCGAGUGGCCCAGGAGAAAGAAAGGCUUGUUUGUGACAUUAAAAGGCUGAAGGCACAUUAUGAAUCAUAUGAACCAGUGCUGAAGCAGUUGACUGAAAAAUACAAGACUGUACUGAGACAGAAAAUGUUGAUUAGUUUGGAGAGAGACAGAGCACUUGGGCAGAUUAAAAGCUUGCAAGCCAGAUUACAAAUUCUGGAGUCCAUCUGUGGUGUCCACAUUCCUGUGACAAAAGAUGCUCCACUUGACUCCUGAAGAGCUGUGAUCAAACUGGACACAAUAGUGCAGCCCAAGCUACCUGCCAGCUGAAAAAAAAGGCAAGAGCAAUAUUCCAUCUCAUCCCUGCAAUAUUCCUGGUUAACUCUGCACCACAGUGUUCAGCUGUUCUGCAGGAUCGUGUCACUGUUGACUCAGGCCAAGCUUGUUUUCUUCAACAAACCCUAAAGCCCAUUCUAAAUAAAAGCUAUUUGA